UGCAUGUGUGUUUUUGUUGAAGCUCUGAAAGUUUGAACUUUUUUCCUUCCGUACACUGGAGAGGAAACUGGAUGCCCUCCGCUGCUGCUCAAAAUCAGUUGCCUGUGGAUUAUGGGUACAACUGCUAGCACAGCUCAGCAGACAGUGGCCACAGCAACAUUUGAGAAUAUUCACGGCAACGGAACCAUGGAGAACCGCCAUUCCCUUAGCAUCCACUCCUUCCAGACGGUUGGCCUCCACAACAACAAAGCCAAGUCUAUUAUUACCAAUAAGGUGGCCCCAGUAGUCAUCACCUACAAUUGUAAAGAAGAGUUUCAGAUUCAUGAUGACCUACUGAAGGCUGGCUAUACUGUGGGUAGGAUAUCAGAAUCUGCUCCAGAGCAUUACCUUGUACAGGGGAAAUAUUUUAUGGUCCGUGAUAUAUACAGUAAGUUGGAUGUCCUGAACACCACCAGCAUUUGCGGCGCUCCAAACUUUCGGCAGGCCAAAGGAGGGUAUUCGGUGUUCGGCAUGGGCCAGCCCAGCCUCAAUGGAUUCAGGCAGGUCCUGCAGAAACUCCAGAACGACGGCCAUAAGGAGUGUAUCAUGUUCUGUGUGCGUGAGGAGCCUGUGGUUUUUCUGCACGUGGACAAUGACUUCAUGCCAUACACCCCCAGAGGAAAGGAGAAUCUGCAUGAAAAUCUACACAGCCUGCAGAGAGGUGUCAAAGUAGAAAACCUGGAGCUUGCCAUUCGAAAAGAGAUACAUGACUUUGCCCAGCUGAGAGAGAACACGUAUUAUGUCUACAAUGAUAUCGAGCAUUUCAAAGAUGAGCCUCAUUUGGUGAGCAUCCACUGUGAAGAAGACAUCCAUGUGACUGAGGAAGUCUACAAGAGGCCUGUAUUCCUGCUGCCCUCUUACAGGUAUCAUCGGCUGCCGUUGCCUAUGGAUGGAGCUCCUUUAGAAGCACAGUUUGAUUCUUUCAUCAGUUUUCUCAGGGAGAGUCCAAACCUGCUCCUUCUCCAAGACCCCAGCAGGCCGCCACCUGCUCUGCUCUUCAGCUGCCAAACAGGAGUGGGAAGGACCAACUUAGCCAUGGUCUUAGGCACUCUGGUGCUUUAUCACCGCAAGGGGGGUUUGCCAAGGCAAGACCUUCCACAGCCCACUAAAUGCUUGCCAAGGGAUCGGUUUCGGAUUAUUCAAAACUUCAUUGACAGGGUAUCCAAAGGCCAGCAAAUAGUGGAGGAGGUGGAUGCUGCCAUCUCCUUGUGCUCAGAAAUGCAUGACAUGAAGGAAGCUAUCUACGAGAAUAAGAAGAAAUUGGAAGGGAUUGGAGAAGAUUACCAGAUUCAGGGAAACAGCACCAAAGAGUAUUUCCUUCAGAGGACAUUGCAGAGCCUGGAGCGCUAUUUCUACUUGAUUGCUUUCAACUAUUACCUUCAUGAACAGUACCCCCUGGCCUUUGCUCUCGAUUUUAGCAGAUGGAUGUGUCGGCAUCCCGAACUGUACAGGCUGCUGGCGAACGUGAACCUUUCAGAGCAUACAGUCACAGGGGAGCACAUCACUAAGGGAGCACGAGUGCUGGUGGUGGAUGAACGGUUUUCUCCAGAUGUGCUCAGCACCGCCAAAGAGAUGAGCGUGGCCAAUUUCCGGAGGGUCCCCAAGAUGCCUGUUUAUGGGAUGGCACAGCCCAAUUCCAAGGCUAUUGGGAGUGUCUUGAACUACCUGACUGAUGCUAAGAGGAAGUAUACGCAUAUUUUGUGGGUUAAUCUCCGUGAAGAAGUGGUUCUGGAAGGAAACGAGCAAACCUAUACUCUCCGGGAGGUUGGCAACCUGGAACAACAGAUAACGGUGUCCGUAACGUCACCCGAACAGCUAGAGAAGCUGGAAUCCAUUUUCAAGAACGACGUGCUCAAGUCCCAGAAAUGGCUUGAGGUUUAUCUGGAACAGGAGAAGCAGAUGAAGAUGUUUAAGACCGUCCUGACCAUGCAAGAGAUAUUCAACCAGCAUAAGAGUACCUGUCAAGGACUAGUGUACAAACGGAUCCCAAUUCCAGACUUCUGCGCCCCCAGGGAACAGGACUUUGACCAGCUUCUGAAAGCAGUGAAGGGCGCUGUGGCCAAUGACUCCAAUACAGCCGUCGUUUUCAAUUGUCAUAGUGGGCGAGGAAGAACAACAACUGCUAUGGUUAUUGCAGUCCUCACGCUCUGGCAUUUUAGUGGAAUCCCUGAGAUCAUCGAAGAUGAAAUUGUGAGUGUCCCUGAUGCCAAGUACACAAAAGGGGAGUUUGAGGUGGUGAUGAAAAUAGUUCAGAUAUUGCCAGAAGGACACCGGAUGAAGAAGGAGGUUGACAUGGCAUUGGAUACGGUGAGCGAGACGAUGACGCCCAUGCAUUAUCACCUGCGGGAAAUCAUCAUCUGCACCUACAGACAGGGCAAAACUGCCAAGGAAGAGAAGGAGAUGCAUGCAUUGCAGCUGAAGAGCUUGCAGUACUUGGAACGUUAUAUCUAUCUCAUCCUAUUCAAUGCAUAUCUCCAUUUGGGGAAAAAGGACUCCUGGCAGAGGCCGUUCAGCAUCUGGAUGCGUGAGGUAGCAGCCAAAGCUGGAGUCUAUGAGAUCCUGGACCACCUGGGUUUUACCGAAUUUGAGAACCUAGAGGACAAACCACUCUCUCGGCUUCGCUACCGCUGGCAGGAGCAGGGCCGGAGUUUGCUGCCGUUUCGUGGGGAGUUCAUUUAGGACCAG